AAUCCAGAUAGCGCCAGUGCGGCUAGUUAAGAUGGCGGUACGCUCUUCGCGUCGUAUUGACGAAAGAUUGAGCUUGAGCUGAGUGGUUUUUAUUUGUAUUUUUCUUCUGUUGAUUAGCUCUGUUCUAUGUCAGCGGAAUUAAAUUCUCAGAUUGAAAAAGUUUCGUGAGGUGUUUGGCGGUAUGAAUUCUGCCUUUGAAGUCAAGGACACUCCUUCAGAGGAAUUACCUCUGGAUGUAGAUCUUCUAGGUGUAGAUUUUAACAUAGAAGCUGCAGAUGAAAUUGAAGACGGCUCUACUCCAGCCUACUUGGAUAGUUUUGCACCGUUGGAUUUGCCUAAGACUGUUUCUGACAGUUCCGAAACAGAACAACUUGAAGCAAGCAGUGCAAAUGAGAAUGUGGUGCCUAGUGUAUUGGUGAAUGGAUCUCCUGAGCCUAGUAGUCCACCUGUAGGGAAGAAGAAGCGUCCCUACAUUAGGCGGUCUACCCCUAAAAGUGAAGGCCCAGUGGUCAAACUUCUCAAACUCUCACCAAAUACAAUAUCGAAACAUACCAACGGCGAAAUGAAACCGCCUUCAGUGCCAGUGUCACCACAUCAAGAGUCGGAGCCAGCUGAACCAUUACCAGCACCAGUUGAAGAAUCAGUGGCAGUGGAAGCUAUGCCUGUGCCUCUUCCCGUGCCCAAAAAGCGAACAGUGAAUGGCCCGAAUCUAUUAAGGAACAAGCAGGUGAAGAAGAAAGUGGUAGGAAACUCUAAGGCGGUAUAUCGUAAACCGAUUAAAACGGGGGAUACCCUAAACCGGACAGUUGCUGGAGUGAAACCGCUUGAUGCGUCCCCAGAAGAUAGUGGAUUUGUAGAAUGUGUAAAGUGCUUCACAGUUGUCAGCGUCUCAUCUGCCAGAGAGCAUCUCUCUGUAUGUGGUAUUCCCGUUCCACAAGCAGUAGAAGAAAAUGAUAUUGUUCCGCCGCCGGUUGAGAGUCUUCCGGCACUGACACCACUGGGACCUCCCCCUCCGCUUCCAUCACCGAUUUCACCAUCCAAAAGCUACGGUACAAGGGCGAGCUCGAUCCGAUCCGUUCAGUCAACUUACGGCCCGGAUGCUUGCGGAAUAUGCGGAGCACGUGGUCUUAGUGAUGGCCUGUCGCGGUACCUGCAUGCGCAUCUCCACCACCAACGGCACGCUUGUCUCGUUUGCGGUUCUAUGCACGCCAAAGUGGCAGCACUUGUCAAACAUCUGCAAGCCGUCCAUGGCAAAGAGGAUAGGUACCGUGGUCCCUCCGAUGUUGCUCGUUUAGGUGAAAUUUUGGGUCGUGCUUCGAUUUUAAUUUGCACUGAAUGUGGAGCUGCCAUUCACGUUCUUGAUGCUGAAGCACACAGUGUAAACUGUAGAGCAACUCCGCGGUUCCCAUUGCCCAGUCAAGUAGGCUAUCAUUCCGACAGUCAGCAGCAGCAAUCUCUGGCUAUUACGUACCCUUCACCGUCUUCAAUAACGACAGCCCCGGUCGACGUGGACAAGACGACACCAAACAUAUCCAAGCAGAAGAGGAAAUACAAGCGUCGGAUAAAGGCGGAGCUACCCGAAAAUGAGCCCUUACAGCCUAAAAUAGAGAUUAAUUCUGAUAUCGAAGAUAGUAUAAUGAAAUCGCCUGCACAAACUUUUGAACCCCCUGUCGAACCAAAGGUAGAGCCAAAGGACGGAAUGGAAUUCCGAUCUCCUGGAGAGGUUCCUAUUAAAAAGAAAGUCAAGGUGAUGAUUCCUAACCUCGAUUCUCCAAGGGGACUUCGAACCUUAUUGCCAGGGAACAAAGGUCCGCCUCCGACACCUCCUAAAAGGAUACUUACGCCAGGCUUUGGUCGACCAACACUCUCUCCAUUGAGUCCCGACAACACGAACUCAAAAAACUUGUUAGGCGGUGCGGAGGAGGAGGUCGAGGGGUUGGUGGAAAGUUCUGAAAAUGAAGAACAGAACUUGGAUGCUGCUUCCCCAGAACAGACGCCGGAAGAGUCUGAACCGACCAGAGAACCCUCUCCCGCACCGCAACUGCCGCCCCGAGAAAAGACAGACUGGAAAGCACUGCUUGAGCCAUUGCUCCACAAGUUAUUACUCAGAGUGAAGAAGGCCUUACGAAAGAUCCAGCAACUCCAUUGCCCCGUCUGUCUUCGGUACGAAAUUCAAGAGUCCAAUUUGGAAGACAUCUGCGAGCACUUGAAGGCAGCUCACAACAACCAUUUACUCCGUGGACUCGGCGAGGAUACGCAAAACAAGUUAUUCGCCGAAGUCAGGAGCAUUUACAUGGAAGAUGUGUCCAAUGAAGAGGCGGAUGAAUACAUCGACGGCAACGCAAGUCGCAAGGUGCUACACAAGUUCUGCGUCGAACCACUUGACAAGACCUACUCUUGUGACCUUUGCAACGUCAACGAGUUGUCCGUCAAGGAGAUGGUACAGCAUCUGCGAGGUGCCCAUGGCUUUCGGAUGUACCCCUGUCUCGAGUGUGGCCAGCAGUUUAAAACCUAUGGCUAUUUCAUCUCGCAUUUGGUCUCUACCGGCAAAGAGUCGAUUUAUGGGUGCCGUUUGUGUGGCAUCGUGGGAAUGGUCAGUCUCUACAUGCUCCAGUCACAUCUUCGCACGCAUUCGCUAUGCGACAUAUGCCACACUUGCUUCGAGAGCCAGACAGCAUUGCGGAAACACAUGUUCAACCAUCAGCAGGAUAGCCCAUAUGCGUGUACUGUGUGCCAGGUGUCCUACAAAAACUACGAGUCACUCGAAAUGCAUCUGCUGUGGAAACACGGAACCGAAAGCAAGCCUUGCCCAACCUGCCAAGAGAAGACGUGGCUCUGCACCUACCAUUUCUGCCCAGGGGCACCGGCCUCCUUAGCAGAGGUGGUGGAUAAUCCCUGCGUUUGCACUGUCUGCCGACUCGAGUUCAGCAAGGCGUCUAUGCUCAAAGUUCACACUCGUUUACACACCGGCGAGCGGCCGCACAAAUGUCAUAGCUGUAAAAAAAGUUUCAUUUCAAAGAAACUCUUGGCUAAACACGCAGUCAUGAAGCACAGCGAGGCUGCCGUCAAUCAAGCGGCUGUCGCCGAAGCAGCGGCUAAUGAAAUCAAAUCCGCAUUAGAGAAAAGUGGUCUAAAGCCAAGGAAAGUCCAACAGGAGCUUCUCAAACUGAUAGGACAGCAGAACGCUGCAAAGCGAUCAGCCGCUUCGUCACGCAGGGUGAGCACAGAAGAGAGCCCCGAAACACCCGACAAGGUUAAAGCCGAAUUGACAAAUGGCGGAAGCAUUGAAGCGCCUCCUGAGCCAGUUGUUGAAAAAGUCCGAUUCAAAUGCUCAUUAUCUUCCGAUGACGAUGAUGACGACGAAGAAAUGCCCAUCGCGCCAACAGCCAGUAUCACAGAUGGGGCUACCAAACCGGUGGAUGAAGAAAAGGGCAGUGCAUCUGUUUCUGUAGUGACCUCCCUCAGUCGUAUAGGAAGCUCCAUUUUUGACAUUGAGGAUGACGAGGAGGAAAAGUGUAAACCCAAUGGAACGCCGUCGGAUAUUGGUACAUCGAAUGACGUUGCACAUCCAACGAUUUCCAAUGCAGAAGUUUCUGAAGCUAAUAAUGUCAAAAAUAAUGAAGUGUUUGGCAACAAAGAACUGAGUGAAGCUAAAGAAACAAGUGAGAAGAAAUCUGGCGAAAAUAAGGAAGGCAUUGACAGCGAAAUGGAAACCGACCAGAAGGAACCUCCAACCUCUCCGUUACCUGAAUGUAAAAUUAAAGAAGAACCGAUGGAAGGGGAUGGACUUAACGGAACUGUUGAAGCAACCAAAUCUGUGGACGGAGAACCCAGUACUUCUGAUGUCAAUCUUCUGGAUUUACUAGCUUCAGCCGCUACGUCUAAACAAGCCGAAAUCCCUGUGAUUACCCCAGAGCCUGCCAUCCCUGCUCUGUUGGAUCACGAUUAUUGCAAACUUGGAGAUCCGCCGCCGGAAGAUCCUAAAAAGCUCAAGAAACUGGCCAGAAAGGCUCGCCACCACAAGAAACACCGCAGUAAGAAAGAACCUCGUUAUGUUUUGGACUUGAGUAGCAGUAGCAGUUCAGAAGAGGACGAAGAAAGCAAAUUGGUCAACGGCAAACCAGCGAAAAGUUUAAGUACCCGACCAGGGAAAUUUGGAAAAGUUUUGACGCGGCUCAGUGACAGCGAGUCCAGUUGCUGUCCAACCGACUGCAGCUGCAGCAGUUCUAGCAGCAGUGACUCUAGCAGCUCUAGUAGUGGAAGCAGCAGCAGUGACAGCGAUAGCGAUAGUUCCAGCAGUAGUAGUUCCAGUGAGGAAGACGAGGAGGUGGUAGAGAAACCGCCAGUGCCAGCAGUCGUUCAAGCUCCCGAAGGAGAUGAGGCGGAUGUUGACAUUGAAAACAAUAGCGAACCUCCAAGUUCCUUGGAAUCCUCCUCAGAUUCCGAAAAUGGGGUCGAAUCGGAUGCCGAUAUCAGUGUGCACGAAUCGGACCUAGAAACAAGUGAUUCCGAUUCGGAGAACAAGAAGCGGUCGAGGUUUGCAUCACCUAAAGCUCGGAGUGAUUCUCAAAAGAAGCGAAAGAAGAAGAAAAAGAAGAGACGAGCCUUGAAAGAAUCGUCACUGAACUUCAAUUUGGAAGAUCACCAGUUGCCUUCAACUGGCAACACAGUCGACGACAUCAUCAACGCGGUGGCUAGCGGUCUCUACAAGCGGUCUCUCAAGAGGAAAAAAGAGCCGAUUCCGAUGUUAAACAUCAUGCCACUUCCUGUAAAGGAGAUCACUAUGGCACCGCCACCUCCGGCAGUUAAUGUAGAGCAGAGAUCCGACUCUAAGCGUGGACGAGGUCGGCGUAAACGGAACGACGAUCUCUACUGGUACGAGGGUGACAGUUUGGAAGAAAAAAUCAACCCGGCCGCUUCAACUAAAAAAGUGAAAACCAUCUCGAAAAAGCCGGGGCGAACGACUGCGAAAUUAAAAUUUACUCACAACUAUGACGCAAUUCCUCCACCGCCUCCACUCUCUCCGGCGAAGGUGAUGAAAACACCCAUACAUCCAGUACCUUCGUUUGAAGAUCCUGACAGACUUUACUGCUAUUGCCGAUGUCCUUACGAUGAAGUUUCACAAAUGAUUGGCUGUGACGCUAGUGAUUGUCCCUAUGAAUGGUUCCACUUUGAGUGUGUUGGCAUUUCAGAAGCACCCGAAGGAACUUAUUAUUGUCCUGAAUGCAGAUUGAGACCCAAAUACCGAGCUCUGUUUGAUGAGCCGUUUUUCCAACCUCAACCACCUCCUCAACAGAUAAUUUAAAAAAUUAAGAAAAAUCCUGAACAAGGGUUGUUAAGAUUAUAUCUUUUUGAGAUUUUGUCCUACCCCAUCGAAGAGACACGUCUUCUGCUUUAGUUCUGUAAAGACAUCAUGAAAGUGAGAAGAACACAACACCAAUUUUGAAUACACGUCAAUUGUACACGA